AGUUGUAAAAUGGGAUCAGUCUUCACAAACACACUACUUAAAAAUCUUGCUAUUUCCUUAUCUUAUCCCUUUGACAGCAUCUCUACAAUCUCACCUUUAAAGCUGGAAAUGACACAUUGCUAUCUCAGAGACAACAUCGGGUGCAACAUGCAUAUGUCAACUGCCCACUCAACCAACUGCAACCCUGAGGAUUUUUCUGGCCCAGUAGAAAGAGGAAACACGAAGAUAAUCUCUGCCGUAGAGCUGCUUCUCCAGUUUACGACCUCAUGUGUUUUCAGGAUGUUUCUUGGACAUGCACGUGUGACAGUCACUUCAUGGUUCUACUUCCCAUAAGCAGAUCUCUCCUCCAUUCUGUCUGUCAUCACGAGAAAGCCACUGUCAUCCAUCCAGAGGUUUUCCAAGGUAAACCAAAGUCACUUGUGUUGCCAUAUACAGCAGAAACUGCUGGGUAUAAGCAGACCUUCGGAAGUCCUCUAAAGGCAACCCCCAGGAACUCAUAUUCACAUUCAAAAGCUAAAGUCUUAUCUUCCAUGUCCAAGAUGACUCGAAUUCUUUCUCCUAUCUGAUAUUUUGGUGCGUUGUUGCACUGUGGAAAACUGCCAUUGACUUCUCCAUUAUGUAGUAGAUUAUUGUCCACCAGAUUCCAGCCCCAGCUCUGGUCAUCACUGCCCAGCAAUGCCACAUAACCUUGGCACUGUAUGGGGGCCCGUUUCGUGGCAAUUCCAAUCACUGCCACAGUGCCCAGAGGGCCCUCCCACCACACUUCCCAUGCAUGGCGGCCCUCACUGAAACCAAUCUUGGUCCUUGCACCAUCAGGGCUCUGAGCAAUGAGGUGUCGAUGUAAAGUAAAGCCAUUCUUCUUAAUGUAGACAUUCCUGGAGCAGUCAUUAGUGCUGAAGACAUGUUGAAAAGCACGUAUCUUGGCCUUGUAGCUGGGCAGGUUGCAGAGGAUGUCCGUGCGCAGAGCCUCUUCUGCCAGGCUGCGGGCGCACAGGCUCCGCCACACCUCGCUGUUCUCAUCCCCGUGCAGGCAGCGGUACCAGUGCUUGCACACCAGGGCGCAGCUCAGCAGCUCGGACAGCUCCAGGUUAUACAAGAAACAUGGUGCCACCAUCUGAUUCUGGUGAGGGGCCCAAGAAUCUUACAAUCACUGUGGAAGGUGAAGGGGAACAGACAUCACAUGUCAAGAGAGAGGAAGAGAAAAGAGGAAGAUGCCAGCUUCUUUAACAGCCAGAUCAGCUGGACAUCAUCUCCAUGGCGGAGACAACCAUGAUGCCAGAAGAGAUUGAGCUGGAGAUAGCAAAAAUUCAGCGUCUCCGGGAAGUCUUGGUCCGCCGGGAGUCUGAGCUCAGGUUCAUGAUGGAUGACAUCCAGCUCUGCAAGGACAUCAUGGACUUGAAGCAGGAGCUGCAGAACUUGGUCGCCAUCCCAGAAAAAGAAAAAACCAAACUGCAGAAGCAGAGAGAGGAUGAGCUAAUCCAGAAGAUCCACAAACUGGUGCAGAAGAGAGACUUCCUGGUGGACGAUGCAGAGGUCGAGCAGUUACAGUGAGUGCACUGCGGGUACCCACACACUGGGCUGCAGGACCGCAACCUUCUGCUUCCUUCCAGAACCCAUCUUCUGCUCCUGGGACUCACAGCCUUGCCUAACAGGCAUGGCCUUGACCCACAGUCUCUGGACACUGAAUCCCAAGGAACCCCAGCCUUCUAGCUUGAGAACUCAUUUCGUAUAUAAGAGAAUUUCAAAUCUGUGCCUCUUGAGGGAAUGUUGUUCCAGGAAGUGACCAGGGAAGAGUCACAUCCCAUAAUACAUGGCAGAGCUUCCUUCACAUCCUGCCACUCCUCAAGGCAAUGUCUUGAAACUUCUGCUGUCAGUUUCUACCGAAACUCUGCCACCUGAACUGACUUGCUCCCAACCUCUGCCCUCCCAACCUCCCAGCUUUGUUCUCCCCUUUCCCUUCCCCUGAGUGGCGCCAAUGCCCUUUUCUAAGUAUCAGGGUCUUCUCUUUGCAUCUGCUGCCUUGACCUGGAUAACGACAGCCCUGGAGCUGCAGUGUAAAAAUAUGUUGUAAAUGUUGAAAAUGUGGAAAGCUGUACAUGUUGGUUCUUGAUUUUUGUUUUC